UAGAAAAGAGCACACCUGUAGCAGUCGCUAGUAUUUUUAGUUUACGUUUUUUCAGUGAUGUUUUAAACGCGACGUUUUGGAUCACUGGGCAUAUAGGUCUGACGCAGCAGAGGUCCCGGGGACUUGAACUGUAACUGAGUGCUACCUGCGAUGUCUGUUGUCAAUUCUCUCAUGCAGAUAAAAUGCCAGAGCGCCAACAAUCUAAACAUUUUAAGAUAUUUUCACAGAAACCUUGCGCAGAGGAAAACACUUCAUCUGUCAACCCAAGGUCAAACAUGGACAGGUGUCUCCGGGACUCCUGCUGAGUCCAAGCAAAAAUCACAAGGUCAUCCUGUAUUACGGACAUCACAGUCAGUAUGCUCUUAUCACCAGCACGCUUUGCAAUCCCAAGGUACGCGACCAAGCGCGUGCAAGUUCGCGGUGAUUCACAUGGCAAUGACGGAAGAAGACUGGGACAGGAUUGUCAAUCCCAACCGGCUAACGGAGGUGGAGUACAGGGUGCACACGGCGCAUAUAGACGCUAUACAGAAUGGUGACGAGAUGUACACAGACCCCAUAACUGGAUUAAUGGUGAUGACCCGUCUAGCACACGUCACCAGGGGGCAGUGUUGUGGAAGGGUGUGUAGACAUUGUCCUUACGGUCAUGAGUUAGUACCAGAGCAAAGGCGAACGAAAGUGUUCAACUCUGCAUUUUAUAUAUGAGAUUGUCACAGUGUGCUUGCAGACACUGUAGCGUACUAGUAGAGGCCAGCCGAGUGAUCAGAAAUAAUAUAUGGAAUGUUGUGGAAAUUAAAAUUCUCACUGGAAAAAAAGGGAGAAAUAUGCCAUGGAUAAGCCAGAGACAUAUCUGUGAAUAUAUAGUGAUAAAUCAAUCUGUGGCCCUGGUAGAGGGUGGGGUAUGCUCAUCCUCAUUAACAAAGAUUUCUGUAUUAUGAGCUGGUGAAUUGAUAUAUCUAAACAUGCAUUACUUUAAAGAAAAUGUCAUUUUAUAGGUAAAAAUUAAUGAGAUAAAGUUGUGAUUUUUUUUUACUUCUGUAAAAUAUCUUUCAAUUCAAAUUUCUCGUUUUUGUCAUAUGAAUCAACAUGCUGCCAUUCAAAUUUGCAAUAGUUGCUAUAAUUUUUAUUUUUUUUUAAAAUCUUGUCACAAAGUUCUCAAAAUAAAUGGCACACAGCAUUUCUGGGUUUAUAUAAUUCAUUUUUAUACUGUUAUUGCAAAAGAACAACCAUGUAUAAUUUCUGUGUUUCUCUUCUUAUACAGAAGUUACAAAAAAAUAAUACCAAUUGAUAUAAAUAGUUUGUGAAGUAUAGUUUUAGGUGAUUUCAUAACCCCCACCCCACCAUAUAUUAUGUUCAGAUUCUUGAUAUUUAUAACUGCUGGCUUUGCUUUUUCAUUUCUACACAUAUAUAUGACAUGUUUGCAAUAUUGUUACUUAUAUUUUUAAGCUUAUGGCAUUUUUAGACAUUUUUGCUUUAUUUUUAAAGUUGGUGAGAAAAAUACUGUGAAAUGGAGUAUAUUGGAGCUUUUCUGUUCUAUUGCACAAAUCAAUACUCAUUGAGCUGUAUUCAGCUUUAGAAAAAACCUAAAAGUGUACUUAUAAAAAAGUCUAUAUAAUAAUCAAGUUAUUUCAAGUUAUAAAAAGUAUUGGUGAACAUAUUCCUGCAUAUUGCGCAGUAGGCAGUACUGAUAAGGCAAUUACAUAUAGUGAUAGGCUAGUGAGGUUGAAGUGUGCACAUGUAAAUUUCCCAUUGCCUCAAAUUAUUGUCAGUACGCGCAAAAUACAUUUUCUUAUGUCCGUUCACCUUGUUAUCAACUUCUUGUUCAUCUUUAGUUAUGCGGUAUCAUAUCAGCUGAAUCACUUCAGCAUAAUUAUUUUUUUUACAAAAACUACAUGCUUGGAUAUUUUCCCUUUUCUUGUUCAUGGUUAUAUAAACUUAAAGAAACUAAUAUUAUUGUCAAAAUAAUCAAAUCCAUCAUUGUUGGAGAUUACAAAUUGGAUGAAGCUCUGCAUCAAAUAUAACACUGAUGGUGCAGGCUUGUGGAAACAAAGUAACUGUUUAUUCAUUAUAAAUGUUUCCAUGUAUGCAUAUACUUGUUAUAGUGGUUUUAAAACUUUAUUAUUUUUAAUAAGGUGCUUAACUAUUAUGAUUAAUAAAAACUGUAUGGUUUA